UCUCUUACCGUCUUACGUCCUCUUGUCACCGCUCGCUGUCCUCUCGCUUGACUGUGCAACACUCGCUUGAAACGCAGUCGCUACCUAACCAUUGGAAGCACGAGUUCACACCCACACUGUGCGACGAACCCGAUAUCCGACCAUGCACUCUACCACACUCCUCGCGACGCUUGUCGCAGUCGCUGCUGCAACAGUACGCGCACAGAUGGACCACUCCGGUCAAGGCUCUCCGGCGCAAGGCUCCCCACAGCAAAGCUCUCCAGCUCAAGGCUCUCAAGGACACGGCUCUCAAGCGCAAGGUUCUCCGGCGCAAGGCUCUUCAAGUUGGGACAACGAUGCCGUGACAUCGACAUGGACCAACAUGGUCUAUCCGUCUUCAUGCUCCGUCGUCCCUUCACCAGGAGGCGGUCACUCAUACGGCCCGUCGAACCCUUGGCCAUUCCCUAACCCGACACCUGCUGUAACGCCAACUGGUUCGUCGACAGGAUACGGCAAUGCUUCAACGCCGGUGGCAUCGGGUACCGUGACCUCGUCAUCCAUCAUCACGACAACGGCACCAGUUGGCAGCACUGGCACGUCAUCACCCAGCGUGCUCCCAGUUACUACAUCAUCGCCGUCGAACAGCACCUACAGCUGGACCUCGACGGCCUCGCCAUUGACGAGCAUACCGGUCGUGCUACCCAGCUUCACCAACUCCACAACACCAAUCGUGCCGGUUACCACGUCUUCCGUCCCACUCGUCACCGGAACGUCGUUCGCACCAGUCACCACCUCUUCCUCCGCCAUAACCUCGACAGCCUCGCCGGUCUGCCAGAUCAUCGACGGCCAAAUCCAAGCAGGUUGCUCAACUAACUCGGCGACGCCUGUAGUAUCUUCGGGCUCAACGCUGCCGACAUCGAGCUCCCGCUCCGGGUCCAGCAGUGUCCCGACAACUGUUAUCACAUCAACGACCUUGCGGUCAACGCUCACGAGCGUCGUGACUUCUACUUCGUCGACGCCUACGGUGAAUGCCGUGUUGUCAUCGACCUCGUCGUCAGCAUCGCGCGCCUCGACGUCGACUACCUCUUCACCGUCUUCGGCGUCUCGCACCUCAGCAACGACCACAGCUGCACCGUCGUACACUGGUGGCGCCAGCACGCUGAAGACGGGUGCUGCCGGCUUGGCUGCCAUGGCCGUGUUCUUCGCCGCUGCACUAUAGACUUUAGAUGCAGGCGCGGAUGCAGAUGCGAUUCCCUUCUUUUCUACAUUUUUUGAAGUAUAUCACGCAGCAUAUGUUGCUCACGCUCGUUACGAUGGCCUGUCGAAGGAGAUGGACGGGAUACGAUACGACUAAUGCCUCAUGGCCUCACGCUCAUUGACAGAAAUGCAUGCUUUACGCGAAAAC